AACUAUGAGUCGGUCUGCCAAAGAAAAGGCGCCUCCUUCUUCUCUUCUUCAGUAAACCUUGUUCCUCUCUCCUCUCUCUCUCUCUCUCUCUUUCAUCAAUUCAUUUAGUAAAAUCCACCAAAUAAAUCCAAACCCAUCUCAAGCUUCAAUCCAACCUCAAAUCAAUCUAAUUCAAUUCGUACUCUCCAUAAUAAUAAUAUUAUUUUUUCAUUCUUUUUUGUUAUUAUUGAUUGAUUGAUUUAUUUUUUUCGUUACUAAUUAGUAGUACGUAUUAUUAAGAUUUUUUCAUAUUUGUUUGGUAUACUUGCUAUAAAUCUAAUAAAACCUCUUUCAAUCUCUAUCAACAUGUCCUCCUCCUACAUAACCCCGAAGCCUUGCAAGCACCUUGUAGAUUUGAAGCUGAAGCAUGGGCUUAGUGGCUAUAAUUUGAUCCAAAAGUGGCUCAAAACAGCCCCAAAUGGUAGAACAACCAUUGACAAAACCAAAUCAGAGAUACCCAGAUGCAGUUUAUGUUCUGGGUAUCAAGGCAGACUCUAUAUGUGUUUGAUCUGUUCAUCAGUGUCGUGUUGUUCCUCUCCUCCUCCUGAUUCUGAUUCUGAUUCUAAUCAUGCCCAUUUGCACACCCAAUCUCAUAAUGGUCAUGAGAUUGCUGUGGACAUGGAAAGGGCUGAGCUUUAUUGCUGUGUGUGCUGUGAUCAGGUCUAUGAUCCUGAUUUUGAUAAGGCUGUGAUGUGUAAACACAUCAUGGGAUUGCCAAGUAAUGACAAUGGGGUUGUGGGUGGUGGUCAAUUCAGAUUUAGUAAGAGAAAAAGAUUGGAUUUUGGGGUGGAUUUAGAUUCCAAGAGUCCGAAACGUUUCUUUUUGAGGAGUGAUCGGAGGUCCAAGUCCUGCUUUCCAUUGGGCUUGAGGGGUUUGAAUAAUUUGGGCAAUACUUGUUUCAUGAAUUCUGUAUUGCAAGCUUUGCUUCAUGCACCCCCUUUGAGGAAUUACUUCCUUAGUGAUCGUCACAACCACGAAACUUGCCGGAAAAGGUCUUCAGAUGGACUGUGUUUGCCUUGUGACAUUGAUGUUAUAUACUCUGCUGUAUUCUCUGGCAACAGAACACCUUAUAGCCCAGCUCACUUCCUUUACAGUUGGUGGCAGCAUUCAGAAAAUCUUGCCAGUUAUGAGCAGCAGGACGCUCAUGAGUUCUUCAUUUCAAUGCUGGACAGGAUUCAUGAGAAAGAGGGGAAAACAAGAAACCCUAAUAAAGAUAAAGAAGAUUGCCAUUGUAUUGCUCAUAGAGUAUUCUCUGGGCUGUUGAGAUCAGAUGUCACUUGUAUGACAUGUGGAUUCACUUCCACAACUUACGAUCCUUGUAUGGACAUUUCUCUUGACCUGAACACAAACACUUCCUCUUCAACAAAUGUAGCCAACAAGGCUAUCAAGCCCACUGCGAACACGGGUGUAUCCACUCUUGCGGGAUGCUUGGAUCUCUUUACAAGGCCUGAGAAGUUGGGAUCGGACCAGAAACUGUACUGCCAAAAUUGUCAAGAAAAGCAAGACUCGUUGAAACAAAUGUCUAUCAGAAGGCUCCCAUUGGUGCUGUGUUUACAUAUAAAACGAUUCGAACAUUCUCCAGUCAAGAAAGUGUCAAAAAAGAUUGACCGGCAUUUGCAGUUCCCUUUCUCCUUGGACAUGAGCCCAUAUUUAUCAUCUUCGAUUGUAAGAAAAAGGUUUGGAAACAGAAUUUUUGCUUUUGAAGGUGAAGAGCCAGAUAUUUCUACAGAGUUUGAGGUUUUUGCAGUGGUUACUCAUUCAGGAAUGCUAGAGUCUGGCCAUUAUGUGACUUAUUUGCGUUUGAGUGAUCAAUGGUACAAAUGUGACGAUGCUUGGAUUACUGAGGUUGAUGAAGAGGUUGUGAGAUCCUCGCAGAGCUAUUUGAUUUAUUAUGUGCACAAGGUGUUUUACCAUAAAGCAAGUGAGGACUUGAGUUGCAUGCGAAUGCCCCCUCGGAGGGAUGCAUUUGUUCCAAUUGCCGGCUGUUGCUAAAUUGCAUGGCAAACAGUGCGAGCUGCCAACAAUUGAGGGCAGCUUAACAUGGGAUCCAGCGGGAGUAGAGGCUGAUGUCUUUUGCUGGGGUGUGCUUUCCGAAUAAGGUCCCUUGGUGGAGAAAGGGAUCAUUAAUUACAACCAUCAUCUGCAUUGUGAGCCAGGAAGGACGAACGAAGAUUUGAGUCAAGAUAUGGUCACCAACACAUCAAUCCAGUAGAGUUCCUAGUGAUGGCUCCAUUGUAAAAGGGUGCUGGAAAUAUUGGCUGAAAACUGGUGGGUCGGUUCCUUCGUCCUCCGGUGGGUGUCCCAGCACCUUCCAGUUUUCUUCUGACUGCAGAUUAAUCAUGUACAGUUUGGAUCUUUAUCGAGCGACUAGGGUGACUUAUUUAAGAACUGUCAUUCUCAUAUUUCUGGUGGGCAACUUGCCAACUUAAUCUUGGGAUUUGGCGAUUCCCAUUUCCAAUAAUUUUGCAAUAUUGCUGGAUACAAUGGAACCGUAGAAGGAAUUUUAUGAUUCUCUUUAUAA